UCGUCGUGUCUACCGCGAUUAGUAGUGAGCGUAGCCUCCUCAACCCCUCCGCUGAAGUCGCCGUCGGCUUGGGUUCUUCCCGCGCAGUUCGUCGCCGGCUCAACCGCCUCCUCUCAGCCCGUCGCCGGUGACCUCUUUAUCACCCUAGAACAAGUGAAACAGGUUGUUCAAAAGGACAGCACUGUGUGUUUGUUUAAAUGACUUCGAAGUUCCAAGCCUUUUGGAACCAUCCUGCUGGCCCCAAAACCAUUCAUUUCUGGGCUCCAACAUUUAAAUGGGGUAUCAGCAUCGCCAACAUUGCUGACUUUGCUAAACCACCUGAAAAAAUAUCCUAUCCCCAGCAAGUUGCUGUGGCUUGCACUGGAAUCAUCUGGUCCCGCUACAGCAUGGUUAUCACACCAAAAAACUGGAAUCUGUUCAGUGUUAACGUUGCAAUGGCCGGUACAGGCCUGUAUCAGCUUUCACGUAAAAUAAGGCAAGACUACUUUUCUGAAGAAAAUGAUGCUGCUGCCUCACUGGAAGGAUGAUGACGACAGACAAGAAUAAUAGAUCGAGAAGAGAAACAUACAGCCCUGGAUCUCAGUUCAUUUUGGGUUGUAGACACAUGCCGUUUAAUCCAAGACUGGAAACCGCUGUUUGCUUGUUUUUUUCUGCACUCAUGACCGGACCGAUGUGAACCCCCAUCACCCCCCCCCCCCCCCAAAAGAUAAAAUAAAAGUAGAAAUGCACCAAAAUAAUCGUUUAUGUAUUUGCGAGAUAUCAUGCAAAUACAUGAAACAAUCCUCACUAUGUUUUUCUGCUGCCGAGACAAUCUAUUUUUUGGAACACUAUAUUUUCUGCCAAGCCGACUCUUGUAACCCACCGUCAAUUAUCUCUCCGUUUUCAAUCCGUAGCCACUCCUUUUUGUUAUGGUCAUGCGGGAGCUACAUUUUACCUCUGGAAAGUAAGCUCCCUAUCAAUGCAGAUGAGAGACAUUUAUGGGCUUC